AAAAUAAACAAGAAAGGUUUAUCGGUGAUUGAUAUAAAAAAAAAAUCAUUGUGAAGAAAAGGGAUACGACAACGUACAUGAAAGACAUGAUGUCCAGUGCUCUGUCAACGGAUCACAUCCUGCGGCCUCCGCAGGAGAGUGCAAUCUCAAAACCUCGUGCCGUCUACAGUAUCGAUCAGAUCCUGGGUAAUCAUCACCAUCUACGGAAUACGAGUAGUAGCAGCAAUAACAACAAUCAUAGCAGCAAUGUCAACAACAAUAUCAACAACAACAACAACAACAACAACAACAACAACAAUAACGAUCAGGACGGCUCUUUGAAGCGGGAGGACUCACCAGUGGAGCCACAUGAAAAUGGCGUCGACGUAGACAACGAUGACGAAUUGCCCGGGAUGGGUGACCUGGACGGAAUGGAUGGCGAUCUGAACGACAUGAACCGUCCGAGAAAAAUCCGGAGAUCCCGGACAACGUUCACUACCUUUCAACUUCAUCAACUGGAACGGGCCUUCGAAAAGACGCAAUAUCCGGAUGUGUUCACUCGGGAGGAACUCGCCAUGCGACUGGAUCUGAGCGAAGCGAGAGUACAGGUAUGGUUCCAAAACCGCCGUGCGAAGUGGCGCAAACGAGAAAAAGCCAUGGGUAGAGACACAUCUGCUUUUCUACACCACGACCAAGGAAUGCCUGAAUUCCCGCUGGGUCUGCCACUGCCACACCAGUUGACCCAUCCGAGUCUGGCGCCAGCGGAAUUCUGGUCGGCAAAUUUCGGCCUGCAUCCAACGCUGAUUCCGAGCUCCAGUCAUCCAUUGCUUCAUCCAAAUAUGGUUCCCAACUAUAAGAUUCCGCACUUUCAUUCGCUAUUGUCGCAGUACAUGGGUCUAAACUCGUUGUUCGGGGCAGCAGCUUACCCGCAAAAUCUCAGCAUCAACACCCGUUUGAGUCCACCGGCCAGCCCGAAGGAAAGUCCCAAUGGAGCGAAUGGGACUGGUGCCGCCGUGGGAGUCAGCAAUACCAGCAGCAGUAGCAGCAGUAGUAGCAGUUCCAGCAGUGCUAGCAGCAAUCUCAGUGUUGGCAGCAAUAGCGUCAAUACAAGCAAAGAAAGUGUAGCGGAGAAAUAAUUGCGCCGGUGGUUAU